AUGCCCCAGUUGGGUCGGAGGUUCCCGGGGGCACCGAGGCACUCCGCUGGGCUCGCCACGGGGACCGUCCUCCCGGCCGUCUGCAGCCCGGCCGACGACCCAGUCCCCGGGGGUCCGCGAGCCCGGCCGCCGCCCCCACCGGCCGCACUCACUCGCCCUCGCAGCCGCCCUGGCGCUCGCCCCGGCCUGCUGGAGGAGUUUGCCGGUUCAAACCCGGAGCCCGGAGCUCCCCAACCGGCCGACACCAUCAAGCCGCCGCCCGAGGGGGGACAGCGCGCCGCCCGCCGCCACUCCGCGUCGCCUGUCACCUCGCCGCGCCCGCCCUCGCGUGCCCCUCGGCGCACGGAGGCUCCCACGCUCCCGGGGGUCUGCCGGGGUGGCCUGGCGGCGCAGGAGUGGCGCGGGACCCGGCUCGGCGGCGCGGGCGUCCCCCAGGCGCGGCCAGUGGAAGGCGCGGGCAGCGGUGGCUCCGAGUGGCCGCGGCCGAGGGCUGUGCCCGAGUCUCCGCCCUCUGGCCGCCGCAGGUUGGUGGCGGUGGGAGGGCCGCCGCGGGCGCGGGGAGGGGGCGCGUGGCGCCCAGGCUCGGCGGAGCCCGGAAUCCCGGAGCACGAGAGCCGGGUAACUGCUGCGCUUGCCUGUCUUCAGCGGGUGGGCGUUCUUUGGGGCGCGCGGCUCGGGGCGGAAGAGGGGCUGCAGUCUAGGAGGGAAGGCGCGUCCCCGGAAACGACUGUCCGCCGCCGCUUGGCCGGGCCUGCAGGUUCCUCGCGAGGGCGUUUCCCACCCCAGGGCCGGCCCUUCCUUCGCGGCCCUCUUGACCUCCUCCCUGUCGCCUAG